UUGAGGGAGGCGCCUGCAGCGGUCGACAUGUUCCGUGGCCCUGAGGGCGAGGCCGGCCGGGCCGGCUCCAGAUGUUAAGAAAAUACUUCUGCUUGGCCUGAUUAUGCCAUAGCCCCUGCACAGUGACAAGCAUCCAGGUUAGCUCGUGUUUGCUAUGUGCUUGCAGGGCCAUGAAGCCCCCGGGAGGAGAAUCAAGCAAUGUUUUUGGAAGUCCAGAAGAAGCUGUUCCUUCAAGCAGGCCUAAUAGGAUGGCGUCUAAUAUUUUUGGACCAAUAGAAGAACCUCAGAACAUACCGAAGAGGACAAAUCCCCCAGGGGGGAAAGGAAGUGGUAUCUUUGACGAAUCAACUCCCAUGCAGAUUCGACAGCAACUGAACCCACCUGGAGGGAAAACCAGUGACAUUUUUGGCUCCCCAAUCACUGCCACUUCACGCUUGGCACACCCAAACAAACCCAAGGAUCACGUUUUCUUAUGUGAAGAAGACUCAAAAUCAGAUCUUAAAGCUGCACCCAGAGAAGAGCCACUUGAGAAAGGCAACUCAAGAGAAGCAGACCGUGCCAAGGAGCAAGAGCCCGUGCUCAGGGUUGACAGCCAUGAGCCCAGGUUGGGGCCACGGCCUCGCUCUCACAACAAAGUCCUGAACCCUCCAGGAGGCAAAUCCAGCAUCUCCUUCUACUAAAAGAAGCUACUGCUUCCCCCAUAGCCAGACAAGAAACUCGAGAGAGAGGGUGUCGAAUAGCAUCGUUUUUGUUUGUUUUUUUUUUAGCCCAAAUGAGUGGGGUGGGGAGAGGGUUUGUCGCAUGUAUGAGGCUGGCUGCACAGAGGGCCAAGCCUUCCAGACUGCCGAGAGACACAUCCUUGGGAUAGGGUGUGACUCCCCUGGUGUUUGCUCAGCUGUGAGAGGAACACAAGUGGGCAAGGGCGGGGAGGUGGUGCAGGACACAGGGAGGCUUAGUGAGGUGGGGUCUUCCGUGUUUGUGCCUCAGCAGUCUGCCAGCUAAUAGGGCACCUAGGAAUGACUGACAGAAAACCAAAACAACCUGUCCGUUGCUGAGGGAUGGAGGAGCACGGCAUAGGCAGAAACACUAACAGGGUGUAAGGUAAAACAUCCCCCUUUAAAAAUAAUGCCGUUGACCCUUCACCAAAACGUUUUCCAUGCCUGAGAUUACCACUGUUAAACCCCAGCGUCUCUUUUUCAUUUUACCCCCAAUAUAUUGUUCUUUAGUUUUUUCUUAAAAGAUCUUGAUUGCUUUUCCUUGGCAGCUUUCAAGAAAAACCAAAAAGUCCUCUCAGUCUUCUGCUUUAUAGAAGGUUUUGUACCCUGAUCCUCUGAGGUGCCCAGUUUCUGCCAUCUAAGUCCUUGGCCAGGUCUCAUGUAGGAAUCUGCCUCUCUCUCAUGAGGGACUGGUCUGCGCCCUUCACCUGCCAGUUUUGCUUGUGAAUUGUUCCUUUUUUCCUCUCAUCAGCCUUAAGUCUAGGCCGUUGUUCUUCACCAGUGAUGCAGGUAGAUCCCUUCACAAGCCACGGUUCUUCCUGUAAAUAAGGCCACUGACUCUGCAAGACUUCCAAAGUCUAUUCAUAUAUAUCCAAGUAAUGGUCUUAGUUAAGUUUGUCCUAUGUCUUACGUUAUUCCUCUGAUGUUGGUGGGAAGCAGAGAUGCUUUAGAACCUUGAGUUCUUAGAUUUGGGUUCUUUAAUGUCUCAAAGUUAAUUUUAAAUACCAGCUUCCCAUAAAUGAUUGACACCUUUCCAGAAAAAAGUCAGUUGCUCAGGUACACCAAAGAGGAAAAAGAGCUGCUUAGGCCAUCUUUUAUAAAGCUUCGUAGAACCUCUGGAUCACAUUCAUAAACAGCCUUCUGGAAGAGACUAGACCUUAGGCCAGGAAAUUAAGUAGUUUGGCUGCAAAGUCACAACUCUCCAAUUCCAUGAUAUUUGCCAACAAAGAUAAUGGGCUGGCAAGAGUCAUGUUGCUUUUAUCUGUUGGGCACAAGUCCCUCCCAGUCACCCAAUGGGGCUGUAGUCUCUAUUCCCGUGCUUUCCUUGUGGUGGACAUCUGCUAACAGGAGAGAGUCUGAGUAUGGUAGCUGUUGCUCUGAAUGCCUGCACAGCUAACACCAGGUGCUAGAAACAUAACUGUGGAAAUUUAAAAAGCAAGUCUCACUCUGACUUUAUCAACUAGCUGCAUAAGUGCCUGCUGAGCUACCUUCCAUGCCCUGCUUCCUGUGCUUGGCACAUUGAGGGGUCUGCACGUGGCUUUGUCGACCAAAGACAGUUUCCCCCUGUCAACUUCCUUGUGGAUUUUGGAGCCAAAAAACACAUUCCAUGGGACUGUACAUACUUUAAAUAGUUUGUGGUUCAAAGUUUAUAAGAAAGUUUGGAAUUCAGGAAA